AUGAGCAGAGUAGCGCCAUUGCUAGUGUCCAGACGGGCACUGGCAUCUGCUUCGGGCUUCUGCUGUGCAAGACAAGCGCAGUGGCAGCUAGCGCAAGCCGCCAGGUUGCCGCCGAGAACGUUCAACUUUGCACAUCGCUCGUUGCACUCUACGGCUAUACGACAGCCAGUAGCUAGCUCUAGUAUUGCUGCAAGCUUAUCCAUGAGCAGCACAAUACGGUCCUCGCCAUGUUCCGUCAGCUUGCUCGCAACGGGGCACGCAGCGAUCCGAUCGGCAUCCACACUUGCAAUGUCAGGUGCGCCGCUCAGUCAGACGUUGCCCGUUGCGACACCCAUCCGCAAGGCUGCGCUCGAUCGGGGGAGCGCCCCUACACAUCGAGAUAGUUCGUCGAGUCAGGAGCUGCCUCGUCUGACGGAUCCUAUCGUCGUUCCUUACCUCUUGACGAUCUCGACGAUGGUCUUCUUCAUCGUCAUCUUGGGCGGUCUCACGCGCUUGACAGAAUCAGGCCUGUCAAUCACCGAGUGGGAGCUCGUCACGGGUGUGCUGCCACCUCUGACACAUGAUCAAUGGCAAGUCGAGUUUGCAAAGUACAAAGCCACGCCGGAGGGUCAGAUCACGAACAAGAACAUGGGCAUGAAGGAAUUUCAGAGCAUCUUCUGGAUGGAAUGGUCUCACCGCAUGCUGGGCCGUGUCAUCGGUCUGGCAUUCCUGCUGCCGAUACCUUAUCUCAUCUACCGACGGCGACUGAACAGGCAGAGCGGGGCAGCGCUCUUCACGAUCGCCACUCUCAUCGGAGCACAGGGCGCUCUUGGCUGGUACAUGGUCAAAUCUGGUCUCACUCAUGCCGCGCUAGCCGAAGCCAACCCUUCAGGCGUUCCGCGUGUCUCCCAGUACCGCCUGGCUGCGCAUCUGGGUAUGGCCUUCAUCGUCUAUGCUGCUUCGCUACGCGUCGCGUUGGGCAUCGGCAGAGAUUGGAGUCUGGCUGCCAAAUCGACUGGCCUGUCGGGAUUACCUUCAGUCGCCAGCACGAUCUCGACCUUGCAGUCUCGCACGGCGGGCAGGACACGCAUCAUUCUGACCGCGCUGACAGGUCUGGUUUUCUUGACUGCUCUAUCAGGCGCAUUUGUGGCCGGAUUGGAUGCUGGCCUGGUCUACAAUGAGUUCCCCUACAUGGGCGAGCAUCUCGUACCACCCCGAGCAGAACUGUUCGAUGCGAGAUAUGCGCGCGACAAGGACGGUCACACCGAUCUCAUUCGCCGCAAUAUCUUUGAGAACCCGACGACGGUCCAGUUCGAUCACCGUACGCUAGCAGAGACCACCUUUGUUUCCAUCCUCGGCGUAUGGCUCUAUGCUCGCAGACCUCUCGUGCGCAAUGCUUUGCCACCGCAGACGUACAAGUGGAUCACAGCCUCGAUGAGCAUGGCCGUCUUGCAAGUCUCGCUGGGCAUCUCGACGCUCGUCUACCUCGUGCCGACGCCUCUGGCAGCGGCCCAUCAGGCCGGCAGUCUUGUCCUGCUCUCGCUGUGCAUUGCUGCCGGUGCCAGCUUGCGCAGACCGGGCAAAGCCGCACGUCAGUGGCUAGCUCGGAGGCCUGCUCCCGUCAAAGCAGCCUAUGCGCGGCCCUUGACGACCCAAUAG